GUCGGGUCGGACGUCAGACUGUCGGAGUCGGAGUCGGUAGUGAGAUCGUGAGAUGGUGCGCGGCGACCGCGACGUAACGUGCGGUGUGCAAAGCAGUGGCCAGUCCAAAAUAAGAUUACGAGCGUCCGCUUCGCGUGAAUCGCGCACCACUGUCACAUCGCGGUCUCGACGGUCUCGUGCGCUCGUAAACGUGAACGUCGCCGACGUCGCCGUCGUGGAGGGCGCGAUGCCGCGAUAACGCGGGGCGCGGGCUUGGGCUUGGUUUGCGCAAUGACGUGAUUCUCGCGCUUGGCCGCACGUUUUACGUGGAGUCCGCCAGUCCGCUGAGAAGGGCGAAGGGCGGAGGAAGAAGAGAUAAGAUAAGGCCGAGAAGGGCCGCCUCACGGAGCCCUCAGCCCCGGGGUGCACUGGUGCAGUGUCACGAUAUGCCGCUGCGUUCCAGCCGGCCGAGGGUUAACGCGUUGUUGACGAGGGCCGCACUUUUACGCACGCCGUCGACCCGGUGAACAGAAUGGGCAAGCAAAACGGCUCGUGCUGGUGGUGCGUCAAGGCCGUCAAGUGGUUACCAGUGAUUUUCAUCCUGACGAUCGUCGCGUGGUCCUAUUACGCCUACGUGGUGCAAUUGUGCUACUAUACAAUAGAUAAUUAUGUUCAAGAAGCUUUCUAUCUGCUUUUCUUCCACAUCCUGAUUCUGAUGUUUUUAUGGUCGUAUUGGCAGACGGUGUACACAAAUUUAAUACCAGUGCCGGAUAAGUUUAAAAUACCUGUUGUUGAAAUGGAGAAAUUGCAACAGGCUGAAACUGAGGAAACGCAGAGACAAAUUUUGGAAAGAUUUGCACAAGAUCUUCCAGUUACUAAUCGCACCAUAAAAGGAGCGAUGCGCUUCUGCGAGAAGUGCCAGUUAAUAAAACCUGACAGGGCACACCACUGUAGCGUAUGUGGUACUUGUGUCUUAAAAAUGGAUCAUCAUUGUCCAUGGGUGAACAAUUGCGUAGGCUUCCACAAUUACAAAUUUUUCAUGCUGUUUCUGGCGUACGGACUUAUCUACUGUAUGUUUAUUACCGCCACAUCUUUGCAAUACUUUAUACAAUUUUGGAAAGGCGAAUUAGACGGAAUGGGUAAAUUUCAUUUACUAUUCCUUUUCUUCGUUGCGCUGAUGUUCGCCGUCAGUCUUACCUCUCUUUUCUUCUACCAUUGCUAUCUCGUUGUGCACAAUAGAUCGACACUAGAGGCCUUUAGAGCACCUAUGUUUCGAACAGGAAAAGACAAAGAUGGAUUUAGUUUGGGAAAAUACAAUAAUUUUCAGGAAGUAUUUGGAGAUAAUCCACGACUCUGGUUUCUACCCAUAUUUAGCAGUCUGGGAAAUGGUGUCGUCUACCCAGUAAGAUCGCAACACCAAGGCACACCCAAUACUUAUGACUCCAUGGGCAGUACUCAGAACAGUUUUGGAGACGGGGUAAACUUUCCCGAGCGGCUGUGCAAUGAAGAUACUCAUACUCUGUUGGGCCCCGGCACCCAACAAUGGAGUGAUGAAACCGAAUUUGACUCCCCAUCUCCCUACAUAAAUCAGCACUGCUGUGAUAGGUCCUUCUGUGGAUGUCGACCAACCACUGAUGAAUAUCACAGAAGCUGUCUGAAUAACACCGACAAAUCUGUACGCCAUCACGCAAUUGCAAUUUUAUUUUAUGGUAUUUCGACCGUAAUCUAGAAUAUAAGUUUAUAUUACUUUGUGCUUUCUUAUGUUUCAAUUCUCGGCGUUGUGCGUUUAAAGUUUCAUAGGUACUGUUAUUGCGAAGGAAAUUCACACUGAAUUGUUAUUGCAGUCAACGCAAGAAUUUUUAACUUUGCGGUUUGUCCCGCAAGAUAUUUUGAAUAUUAACUGUAUUAUAUAUAUUGUAAUAUAUAUAUAUAUAUAUAUAUGAAUUCGUUGUUAAAAGUAUUGUUAUGAUUACUUGUAGUUUUAACCGUAAUGAAUCACAUAUAAUUGAAUUACCCUGUAGCGUAAUGUAUAAUGUCGACUUUUCAACAAAUUUGUAAUUGAUUGAGUGUGUAGAUUACAAAUUGCAUCAUAAAAUGAUGGAAAAAAUCAUUGCAGUUCAAUUCAGAGGAUACUGCAUUAACAGUAAUCUUUGUCAAAAUAUAGGCACCUACAUCUGUGCUAAACAAAAUAGAAAUUACAAACAUUUGCGAAUAAAAAUUUCUCCAUACUUUAUUGUGAAAAAUAGAUAGGAUGAUU